AUGGUAAGGCCCGCAUUCUCCAGCUCCCGCCUCCAAGUAGCGAGGAAAUCGGGGCCUCCGAAAUCUUCAGAGGAGCCGGUUGGGAGGUGGAAGGUGGUUUGGGUGGCGAUGCGGACUACAAUGCUUAUACGUCUGCACGCUAGGGAGAGUUGCCCCGGCUGCUGGGGCGCGGGGCUUACCUGA